CUUGUGGGCAUUUUCCUCGUCCUCUCCUCCUCCCGUCAUCCAUCACUCCAUUCUGUCCCAGUCACCUCCUUUCAUCUCCUCACCUCCUCCCCUCUCCUCCCCCUCAUCGUUCAGGAACCAUGGAAACCCUCCUCAUGCAAAGGUAACCUCCCCUCAUCACCUCCCCCAUCCUCAGGUAACCUCCCCUCAUCAUCUCCCCCAUCCUCAGGUAACAUCCCCUCAUCAUCUCCCCCAUCCUCAGGUAACCUCCCCUCAUCAUCUCCCCCAUCCUCAGGUAACCUCCCCUCAUCAUCUCCCCCAUCCUCAGGUAACCUCCCCUCAUCACCUCCCCCAUCCUCAGGUAACCUCCCCUCAUCACCUCCCCCAUCCUCAGGUAACCUCCCCUCAUCACCUCCCCCAUCCUCAGGUAACCUCCCCUCAUCAUCUCCCCCAUCCUCAGGUAACAUCCCCUCAUCAUCUCCCCCAUCCUCAGGUAACCUCCCCUCACCUUGUACCCCAGCAUCAUGUUACCUCCCCUCACCUCAGUUAUCCCCAGAUAACCUCCCCUCACCACCUCCCCCAUUCCCAAGUUACCUCCCCUCACUUCGUACCCCAGUCCCAGGCAACCCCCUCUUACCCCCUUCAUCAGGCCCAUGUAACCACGUCUCACCACGUCCCUUAUUCCCAGGUAACCUCCCCUCACUUUGUAUCCCAGCCCCAGAUAACCUCCCCUCACAUCCACCCCCCACCGCAGCACCACCUCUCCUGCCAAAACCUCGACCCAGGUUUAGAUAAUCCAAACUGGAACAAAUCUGCCUCCGAAGUUCUCAACAGCUUCAGUUACUCCUGCCAGAACCAGGCCACAGCACACCUAGAUCUCCAGAACCAGACCCAGAACCAGAACCAGUUCUGCACUGGUGUGACUCACCACGGGCACGAAUUGGGACACACACACAGACUGCCUUAUAAUACUCACCCAC